AAUGCAAAAGGAAUCAUUUAAAAAACAAUAUUCGAAAGAGUAAAGACUUAAAGAGAGUGAGAAUAUUCUAAAGCAUUAUUAGGAUAGAGUUCCUAUCAUUAUUGAAAAAGAUAAAAAUUCACGUCUUCCAGAUUUAGAUGUUUAGAAGUUCUAAUUUUCACUAAUUUAGAUAUCUCUUCCUUUCAAAUUUUCGAGUAUUUCAAUUAAAUACUUUAAUACGAAGCAAAUUAAACCUAAACAAAGCUGAAGCAGUUUAUUUAUUUGUGAAUAAUAAAGUUGCUUUAAGAGGAGGUACAAAUGAAUGUUAUUAGAUAUGAGCAUAAAGGAGGUUUAUGACAAGUAUUAAGAUGAUGACAAAUUCCUUUAUAUAUAAUAUUGUGAAUACAAUACAUUUGGGUUUUGAA